GGGGACCAGCGGUGCAGCCGCCAAGCUUGAGAGGGUCGUGGGGUGGUGGUCUCCGUCUGAGGGGCUCCAGCUCAGCGGCGGCGGCGUGGGCGGCUGCGGCCUCUGAGCGAAUUGAGGACGAGGCCGCGAGGCGACAGCGCGGUGCGGCCCCCUCCAGCGGCCGCGCCGGGGGUAAGGCAAAAAAGAAUGAAAGAAGUAGAUAAUCUUGAAAGUAUCAAAGAAGAAUGGGUUUGUGAAACAGGAUCUGACAGCCAACCUCGCAGUGAUAAUCGACAAACAAAUUGUGAAUAUUUUGUUGACAGCCUUUUUGAGGAAGCUCAGAAGGUUGGUGCCAAAUGCUUGUCUCCCACUGAACAGAAGAAACAGGUAGAUGUCAGUAUAAAAUUAUGGAAAAAUGGAUUCACAGUCAACGAUGAUUUCAGAAGUUAUUCUGAUGGUGCAAGUCAGCAGUUUCUGAACUCCAUCAAAAAAGGGGAAUUGCCUUUGGAAUUACAGGGAAUUUUUGAUAAAGAGGAGGUGGAUGUUAAAGUUGAAGAUAAGAAAAAUGAAGUAUGUAUGUCAACGAAGCCUGUGUUCCAGCCCUUCUCAGGACAGGGUCACAGACUGGGAAGUGCCACACCAAAAAUUGUAUCUAAAGCAAAGAGUAUUGAAGUUAAGAAUAAAAAUAAUUUGUCUACUGUCCCGCUAAACAACCUGGAACCCAUCACUAGUAUACAGAUCUGGUUAGCCAAUGGGAAAAGGAUUGUCCAGAAAUUUAAUAUUUCUCAUAGGAUAAGCCACAUCAAAGACUUCAUUGAAAAAUACCAAGGAUCUCAAAGAAGUCCUCCCUUUUCUCUGGCAACGGCUCUUCCUUUCCUCAAAUUGCUAGAUGAAACACUCACAUUGGAAGAAGCAGAUUUACAGAAUGCUGUAAUCAUUCAGAGACUCCAAAAAACUGCUGAACCUUUUAGAGAACUCUCAUAACGUUGAUUUUUGAUACACUAAAUCAAAAAUGGAAAGUUUGUAGAAAAAUGAUGGUUUUAAGUGGACGUGCAAACCAGAAUGGGGGAAAGGAA